UCUAACCCACAUCACAAAGAGAGACGGAGACCACAGAGCCAGCUGAAGAACCACUGUUCUCGCAGACAAACCCCUUACAGCUGAUCAACGAGACCCAAUCGCGGACAGAUUUUACCUCGUAGCAGAAAGAUGCCUGUCUGCAGUGUGCUGGAGAAGAGCAACAGCGUGGUGGUGGGAGCUCAGCUGACAUGCAGCGUCCAGGAGGAGAACAAGGCUCAGAGGGAGAGCUACAGCGCUGACUGGCACAGUGUUGGUCUCAAGACUCAACCUCAGGACAGACAGACUAUGAACAUGAACGAUGCCUCCCGGCGGGAGACUCUGUCCCGGCAGUGGCAGGCCCGCCCUCUGAUUCAGACCUGCCCCUCCGGCGUCUUCAGAGUGGGCACCGUGGAAAGAGGGGUGAGGGAGCGCCAGCUGCUACCGAAGAGAAACACCCUCCCCCUGCCCAUCUUCACCCCUGCAGAGCUGGGAGUCCGACUGGGACGCGGAGCCCCGCACACGGAGCAAGACCUGCAGCCCUUCCCGGAGCCGCGCGGGGUCUGUCCCAGCAAGAGGAGCGUGGACGACAUCACCAGGGACCUCCCGCCCGUCAAGCCCACUCUCAUGGAGUUCGCCAAAUCACCCAGAGAUCUCGGGCGCUCAAUGUCCCAGGAGGCCCAGAGAGGGUGAAAGAAAAGAAAAAAGAAAAGGGGAUGUUAGGGAGAGGCGAGAAGGAUGACAGAAGGGACAAAACGGUAAAAAAACAGAUCAUGCUAGGAAUGAUUAGGACAAGAUGUACAUACGUAGCUCUACGUAGCUCCUAGAAAUACAAAACCCCUUCAUGUCACAAUGUCAGAGUUUGAUGGUCAGUGAUGUGAGAUGUAGUUAUGUGAAGAUAAUUGCAUGGUAACAGAGAAACAGCCGGGCCAAAGGGCUAGUCUUCGCCCUGUUCUGGCCAGCUGACCUAAUCACUUCUGCUGCUAUCUCAGUACAAUAGUCGUUUGCACUCGUGCACCGUUGUAUAGAAAAGUGCAAAUGAUCGAAAAAUUGUGAAUGUAUUAAAAAAAAUGCAGGGGUGGGAAGUGUAACAAUGGAUAGGAAAGAGGGAGGGAGAGUCAGAGGAGGCGCGGAGGGGUGAGGACACAUGACUUGAAGUUGGUCCCCCUCCAGGGGUCAGGAUGCUCCUGCCAACGUUUGAUCUGGGUGGAGAGAACAGAAUGCACUGGCAUGAUCACACACACCCCAGCUGUACACGAGUGUGUUGCCCUACUUGUGCGCGUGCAGGUGCUGACUGACACCUUUAAUCAAAAGCGACUUAGAAAAACCAAUAACCUGGUCUUUACUGUGCAUUAACCAACCUGCUCCUACCAAUUUCUGAUAGAAGAACAGAUACUUUUGUAGUUGAGUGUGUAAAUAUAGGCAUAUGUGACUUUCUAAUGUGUGAGAUUAUGCUGAUUGUUUUCUUAGAGAUCUAUUAUUUUUACUAAUAAAAGUUGAAAAGCUCA